AAACUCAAAGAAAUCCAGUUACACUCAGCAACCCAAACUCAACUAGUUUCACAAACUCAAACCGAAACAUCCUCGUUCCUUUGUCGCACUUUUUCUUUGUCGCAAUUUUUAUUUAUUUAUUUAAUUUUCUUUAUAUAAAAAUUCCGAGUAACCCAAUUUCACUUACCCUUUUCUUGAAUCGUGAUUUUACUUCUCAACAAACUCAAAUUCAUUGAGGGUUUCACUCAAAAAUUCAAUGGGUCGUUCUCGUGGUAAUUUUCAUCAUAACGAUGAUGAUCCAAGCCAAAGGUCAAGGAGAAAGAAGAAUGCUGCAAGUGGAGAUAAUUCAGAAUCUGGAGUUGCAGGUCAAGGAGCAGGUGAAGCGAAAAGGGCUUUGUAUCAUUGCAAUUACUGUAAUAAAGAUAUUACAGGAAAAAUCCGUAUCAAGUGUGCCAAGUGCCCAGAUUUUGACUUAUGUAUUGAGUGCUUUUCUGUUGGAGCUGAGGUGACACCCCACAAAAGCAAUCAUAAUUACAGGGUCAUGGAUAAUUUGAAUUUCCAUUUCAUUUGCCCGGGCUGGCAUGCAGAUGAUGAAAUUUUGCUUCUAGAGGGAAUAGAAAUGUAUGGCAUGGGAAACUGGGCAGAAGUUGCUGAGCACGUUGGAACAAAGAACAAAGAAGCAUGCAUAGAACACUAUAGGAAUGUGUACUUAAACUCCCCGUUCUUCCCUCUUCCGGACAUGUCGCAUGUUGUUGGGAAAAACAGAGAAGAACCUGCCAUGGCAAAAGGGCAGGGUGACGACAAGAAAGGACUUCCCAUGGGGGAUCUUAGCAUAAAGGAAGAAUCACCCUUUUCUCCGUCUAGAGUCAAAAUGGAAGAUUCCAACAAAUCUGGUUCCACUGGCCGUUUGACUUCCAAUAUGAAUUCAGGGUCGGAUUCAGGGCCCUCAGUCAACACACAUGCUGCAGCUAGUGCUAACCAAAAGGCAUCCAAUAAAGGGCGGGGGAAAGGUGGUCCUGGGAUCGUUAAAAUGGAAGAUUCUCCAAUGGACAGAGAUUUUGGAGGAAAUAAGCCAAAUUCCUCAAGAAAUGAAGGCCCUUCCUUGGUUGAAGUCAGUGGUUAUAACCCGAAAAGACAGGAAUUCGAUCCUGAAUAUGAUAAUGAUGCUGAGCAAUUACUCGCCGAAAUGGAGUUUAAGGACACUGACACUGAGGAGGAGCGAGAGAUCAAACUUCGUGUGCUGCGCAUUUAUUCAAAAAGGCUUGAUGAAAGAAAGCGCAGGAAGGAAUUCAUACUUGAAAGAAAUUUGCUAUAUCCAAAUCCAUUUGAGAAGGAUUUAACACCUGAGGAAAAGACAAUAUGCCGGAAAUAUGAUAUGUUCAUGCGCUUUCAUACUAAGGAAGAGCACGAUGAAUUACUCAGAACUGUUAUCUCUGAACAUAGGACUCUGAAAAGAAUUCAAGAGCUUAAGGAAGCUCGUGCUGCUGGUUGCCGCAGUUCAGUUGAAGCAGAUAGAUAUCUGGCGCAUAAGAGAAGAAAGGAAUCUGAAGAAAGUGCUUGUAGGGCAAGAGAAAGUGCUCAUGUGGUCCCGAACAAUCACGGGGUUCCAAAUGCAUUAAUGUCUCCAGACUCUGCUGGUACCAGACCUGCAGGGUCAAGUUCUGUCAAUGAAAUGGAUGCAACUGGAUACUAUGGAGCAGAUUUACUUUCUGAAGCUGAGAAACGUUUGUGCUGCGAGUUAAGGUUGCCUCCAACCGUUUAUCUGAAGAUGCAAGAGGACCUAUCGGUACAAAUGAUUGCUGGCAACGUCUCUUCAAAAUCUGAUGCUCAUCAAAUGUUCAAGAAUAUGGAUACCAUCAAAAUUGACAGGGUGUAUGAUAUGCUCAUUAAGAAGGGAAUUGGCUCACCCUGAGACCUCUCGUAAUAUAUUAUUCUGUUUAGGACCACAUAAUAAAAAUAAAAAUAAAAAUUAGGUAUAUAUCAAAUUAUAACAUUAAAAUUUUUUAAGUGUUGUAUCAUGCUUUGGUAAUAGGUAAAGUCAGAUAUAGUAGGAUAUAUACUCACAGUUAAUCAUGCUUCUAUCAGACCUUUUUAAUCCACCGUUGAGUGGAUAGAAGUGAUUAAAGUAUUUUUGCUUUUAUGAAUAGAAUGACUUAUUUGCUAA